CAGCUGGACGGAGAGGCGGCGAGGCGCGCGCAGGGCAUGCUCUCUCUCUCUUUCGGCUGCGCACGGGCGUCUCCCCCGGGCGAUGUAACCUCUCCCCCGCUAGGCUUUCUCCAGGUUCCCUUUGAUCUCCGCGUCCGGCUCAGCAGGGAGCGAUAAACAAGCGCGCGAGCGAGGACUUUCCUUUUCUCUCCGCGUCUCUUGGCGAGUCUCCCUCGGUCAGAACCGCUGCCGCAGAUCCGCUGCGGAAGGAGAGCCCUGCCUGCCUUGACGGGAGCCUCAACAUUCAGCCAUGACGGACACGGUCGUUGGCAACAGCGCUGGUCAAUGGAUGUAUCAGAAUGAUAGACAGAUGGCUCUUCGGGGCGGAGCCCCCGGCAGCUGGUCAGCUCACGGGACCCAGCCAGACCGAGGGAGGAAGAACGAAGAUCUGACGGAUGAGGAGAAGGAGAUCAUCAACCGGGUCAUUGCUCGUGCUGAGAAGAUGGAAGAGUUGGAGCAGGAACGCAUUGGGCGUCUCAUGAACCGCCUGGAAGACAUGCGCCGAAAUGUGGCCGGCGAUGGGGUCAACCGCUGCAUCUUGUGCGGCGAACAGCUGGGGCGCCUGGGGUCAGCCUGCGUGGUGUGCGAAGAUUGCAAAAAGAAUGUCUGCACUAAAUGUGGCACCCAGACCAACAACAACCGGCCUCACUCCGUCUGGUUGUGUAAGAUCUGCUGCGAACAGAGAGAGGUAUGGAAGCGCUCUGGGGCGUGGUUCUUCAAGGGGGUGCCCAAGCAAAUGCUCCCUGAACCUAUGCCCAUCAGCAAGGGCAAACAGCAGCCGCUGCCCAGUGAAGCAGCCGCCCCUGCUCAGGACUCGAAGCCGUAUCCUCGCCAGCAGAAUCGUGGUCAAGCUGAAGCAGCUGCCCCCGUCGAACAGGAAUCCUACGGCGCUGAGCCAACCACAGCUGCUUCCAGUCGGAGAAAGUAUCCGCAAAUUAGCCGCAAACCUUCCGAGGCCAAGAUGGGGCCUGGUGGCAGCGAAUAUGUUAGUGAGGACAACCGAAACUGGGAACACACUAGAGAGAAUGAAGCCAGUCAAAGCCCUGGAGGUGUGAAGCAACCUACUUCUGCCCAGGCUGCAGGUACUAGGCCUCUGGCUUCUAACCAGAAUCCACCUGCCCAGGUGGCAGAACAAGGCCCAGCUGCUGUGGGGAGGCCAGGGACAGGCCCUGGAGGUCGCUUUCCAGAAAGACAAGGAAGUCUUUCAAUGGCUCCACCCCAAGCUGAUCCCCCCUACUCUGCUGCUGGGACAUCCAGGGAUGAGAAAGCCGCCUCUGGAUACCCGUCACCUGCAGGGGAGAGACCUAUGCGCCAGGUGGCUCCCUACAGCCAAACCGGUCCCCCUCCUGCUGCACCUGCACCCCAACGGCAGCCUCCUCAAGAGGAGGAGGAAGACGAGGCCAACAGCUACGACUCUGACGAAGCAACUACUCUUGGUGCCCUGGAAUUCAGCCUUUUGUACGACCAGGAGAACAGUUCUUUGCAAUGCACCCUCAUCAAGGCAAAGGGCUUGAAGCCGAUGGACUCCAAUGGGUUGGCAGACCCUUAUGUGAAGCUGCACCUUUUGCCAGGGGCCAGUAAGUCAAACAAGCUGAGAACCAAGACUUUGAGGAACACCCGGAACCCUGCAUGGAAUGAGACUCUGGUGUACCAUGGCAUCACGGACGAGGACAUGCAGAGGAAGACAUUGAGGAUCUCCGUGUGUGACGAGGACAAAUUUGGCCACAACGAGUUCAUAGGUGAGACGAGGGUGGCCCUGAAGAAAGUGAAGGCCAACCAGAGGAAGAAUUUCAACAUCUGUCUGGAAAGAGUCAUCCCGAUGAAGCGUGGAGGUACAACUGGAUCUUCAAGAGGAAUGGCAUUGUAUGAAGAUGAGAUGGGCCAAGCGGGCGACGUGGAGGAACGGGGCAAAAUCCUGGUGUCCCUCAUGUACAGCACCCCGAAAGGAGGCCUCGUGGUCGGCAUUGUGCGUUGUGUCCACUUAGCGGCCAUGGAUGCCAAUGGGUACUCGGACCCCUUUGUGAAAAUAUGCUUAAAGCCGGACAUGGGGAAGAAAGCGAAGCAGAAGACGCAGAUUAAAAAGAAGACAUUGAACCCGGAGUUUAAUGAGGAGUUUUUCUACGAUAUCAAACACAGCGACCUAGCCAAGAAGCAGCUCGACAUAUCGGUUUGGGACUAUGACAUUGGAAAAUCCAAUGAUUAUAUUGGUGGAUGCCAGCUGGGCAUCACAGCCAAAGGCGAGCGCUUGAAACACUGGUACGAGUGCCUGAAGAACAAGGACAAGAAGAUUGAGCGCUGGCACGCCUUACAGAACGAGAACCACGUGGCCAGCGAUUAGGAGAAACCGCCCCCCCCCACCCCACCGUACCUGAACCCUCCUCCUCCACCCAACCCCCUGUAGAUUCCCAGACGUCUUCCAAGACGGUUGUGUUUCUUUCACUCCUGGGGAAAGGAUUCCCCUGUCGUCUCCUGCCUCCUUAAUCAUCUCCCUUUUCUUCUUGUUUUCCUUCUCCUCCUCCAUCGUCUCCUGCCUCCUUCUGAGAGCAGCUGCUUCUCUCUCUCUCUCUCUCUCUCUCUCUCUCUCUCUCUCUCUCUCUCUCUCUCUCUCUCUCUCUCUCCCUUCCCUUUCUUUCUUUGUCUGCCUCCUUCCGGGAAGCAACUUCUCUCCUGCUUCUCCUCUAUUCUCCACGCCAAGGAUAUAGGUUCUCUUUUAUGUUUUGUAUCGUGAUCCAUUCCUGCCACCUUCUCCUGCCGUGGGUGCAUUGAUGUAUAGACUUUAUCAAGCAAUAGCCCAGCACUGGAAAUAUUUUACGUUUGGCCUUUGCUUAUCCUGACAGCUAAAUGACACCCAUCCACCCACCCGACCUGACCCGACCUCGCCGUGCUUCUCCUCGACCUAUUGAAGGUCUUUGUACUCUUAAGUGCCCUUGAACUGACCUCCUUGCCCGCCUUCCUCCAGUCUCCACCUGGGCAUGUGGAAGGUUGCGCUCAUUCUCCUCCUCUUUGCACACUCAAACUACUCUGUGCAUCGCUCAUGGGAAAAUGCACGGCUACGGUUUUUUGAUCCGGCUGCUCCAAGCAUGUGGGGCAGCUGAAACGAAACCAGACCAAACCAGCCAGAUAGCGCAAGUCUUUCAAAAACCAACGCCUACGCUGUAGAAAGCUUGGGCUUCCGACUCUUAGCAUCACUUUGGUCUUGCCUUUUUCCGCGACCUGCCAUAGACGUAAUUCCGCCAAGAUUCAUUUCUCAGCAUCGCGAUGCAGCAUCUUGCAAGGUGCCACCUUGGACACUUUUAAGCUGGAAAAGAACCACCUUUGUCCUUUCCAGUUUGGCAACUAUGUGGGCUGGAUGGCCAAUUUAAGAAAAAAAAUGCUGUGCUUCUCCUCCCACCCACUGUGUGGUGCUGUUGUACAAAGUCCUGUUCAUGUUAAUGGGGCCUGUCUAGGACAGCUGUCUGUCUAGGAUAGCUGUUUUUUUCACUGCUCUGGUGCCCUCCAGGUGUUGUUAGAGCAUACCUGCCAAGUUCCAGCCCGAGAAAUAAGGGACUGGACUGGAAGUAGCAGACCGGAAGUAGUGCUGCCGCCAUUUUGGAACUGGGCGGAGCAUGCUCAGA